GAAUGACAUUCCAGUGAGUUUUACUGAGUGAAAAUGGCUGUUUCUGUUUUAUUUAGAUGUCUCAGAACAGAACUGAAUAAGGUCAGCUUUCAGAAACAUAUUGAGUGUCUGCAUACAAGCUGUGGAUUGUUUGCAGCAGAUAAAGCACUGCUGGUGAAACUGCGUAAAUCCACUGGCUACACCUUCAUCAACUGCAAGAAAGCACUUGAAAAGUUCAACAAUGAUAUCACACAGGCAGAAAGCUGGCUUCAUGAACAGGCCCAGAAGGAAGGUUGGAGCAAAGCGAGCAAGUUGGAAGGCCGCAGAGCUAAAGAAGGGCUGAUUGGUCUGCUUAUGAAGGACAAUGCGGCUGUCAUGGUGGAGGUGAACUGUGAGACAGAUUUUGUGGCAAGGAAUGAAAAGUUCCAGCAGCUAGUGCAAAACGUUGCCUUAGCUACAAUGGCACAUCAUCAAAGCAAGACACCAAGUGCAUAUAUUAAGAGUUUGCUGUCUUCUGAGGAUCUUUCUAAACUGGCCAUGGUGGAGGGUCCCUCUGUGGCAGAUCAGCUGGCACUGACUAUAGGUCGUUUGGGUGAGAAGAUUUCCCUGAGGCGGGCUGUAUCCAUAGCUGUACCAGCUGACUGGCACAUUGGCUCAUAUGUGCAUGGAGCAGUUACAGGGCAGACCAGCUUGCCGAUGGGGCACUACGGUGCCCUGGUUGUGUUCCAGGGUGGACCUGAGGGACAGGUGGAGGUCGUGGGCAAAAGGUUGGGGCAGCAUAUAGUGGGGGAGUCACCUCUGAUGCUCGGAAACAUGGAGGAUAUACCAUGUGGAGAAUCCGAGACUCGACUUUUAGCACAGAACUUUCUGCUAGACCCUAAAUACACAGUGGGACAGUACCUCGCUCAACAGAAUGCACGUGUGCUUGACUUCGUGCGGUACAAAUGUGGUGAGCGCAGCACUGAGGAAGCAGAAUGAGUGUGGACCACACCAUUUUACAUAAGAAUAUAUACCUGUGUCGAUAGCUUAUAGACUGGUCAAGAGAAAAUCUUUUAAGGACUUUUUACCCAUGAGAAGCAAAAGCAGAAACAGUGUAUUGUGUAGCCCAAUUAAAUAACUGUUGAUGUGAAACUUUGCUGAUGCAAAGCAGCAAAUGCAGAAUUUUCAAUGAACAGCCCAAAGACAAAAAACUAAAACUAGAUAUUUAUGAUGAUGAAAUGUUACUCAUUUUAUAUCUGAUGAGAAAAAAUGUCCACAUUCAAAAUAAAUCA